GAGAGUAAACAAAAGCAGUAGGGUAGAGGGAGAGAGGGGGAGGGGGACUAAACAAAAUUAUUAGGGCAGAGUGGGAGAGACUACUGUUUCCGAUCUCAAGCUUUCAUAUGGCUCCUUCAGCGAAACCCAUUGGUAGUCCCCUACCAGAAGCCUGGUACCCUACCCUUGCGCUGCUUCUUCUCACAGUCGGCUUUUUGGUGACCGCCACUUUCUUUAUCUAUGAAGCAACUUCUUCGAGGCAAAGCCGCAGCUUACCCAAGGAACUUGCAACAGGUGCUGUGGCAUCAAUUUUCUUGGGCUUUGGAUCCUUGUUCUUACUUCUGGCCACCGGAGUCUACGUUUGAACCAUUUUCGUUGUGGACAUGCUGAACAAAUUCUUGUUAGAUGAGUCUUGUUAUGUUAACCACUAUAACUUAAUGGAAGAGGACAGUAAGAUUAGUUAUCUUUAAGGACUUCAUGAUAUAGGGCGGCUUAAAAUUUGAAUUAUUAUUAUCUGAUGUGUCUCCAUGUUCAAUGUCCAGCACUCCUUUGACAUACUGAAAACUGUCCAUUGCUCUCUCAAUCUCAAACUGGUGAAAGUGGAUAUUGGAAUAGUUUUCGGUUCAUCAUCCAUCCGGGAUUGUCUGUGUAUGUUCAUGGGUUAGUACGACCCGUAUGGUCAUGAUUUCGACUUGACCAUAAUGCUAUUACUGUACCAUCAAUCGGUUGGACGGUGAUGGAGGGGAAUGGAUAAAAAUGGCAUCAAUUUCAGUGCCCGUUGGACUGUGUUGCACUAGAUUGGACAAUGGUAAACCAUUUGGUCA